CGCACAAGGUCAUUUAACGGCGGGCUAUUUUUCCAAUAUGUUUAAGCUCAGCUAUGUUUUGUUUUCUGUAUCUCUAGGGUAUUUUCUUUUCACUUCCUGGUCAAUGUAUGAGAUAUUUUACCCCAAAAGUUGUAAAGGGUCUGUGGGAUGCCUGCAACCAGCAUGGAAGGCAGACGACUUAUUUAAGGUGAAUUUCAUUACUCUAAAAUGCAAUGCUUGCAUUGUCCAGAUAAGUUUGGAUUCUGUAAAAGACAGUCACGUCGAAAACUUUGUAAAAACUGAUGUCUUUCGAAUCGGAGACGGAGUCGUGACGUAAUUCAUCAUUUAAAAACUUAUUACCUUUUGAAAGAAAAUUCAAUUACACAUUUUCAAGAAGUCUGGGCGAUAAAGCAUCCUCACUCGUCCGUUUACAAUUGGUAACAAGUGAUGGUGAGGUUGUUCAGAGUGAAAAAGUAAACUUAGUGACCUACAAGGAACCUACUCGAACUGCUUUGAACCUGUUGACAAAUGAUGGAUCACACGACAGUUCAAGUAAUGAUCAAAGCCAGCUUGUACCGUUUUGGUUAUCCACGUUACGCGUUUAUAUACUCAAUAGUGCUGUAAACUUCAGCCGGUAUAAUAUACCUGCAGAAAUGGCCCGGCGAAUCCGUUUAAGCUCAAAAGGAUAUUUACCAGUGAUAUAUGUUAAUCCAAAUUUUCAAACUUCAACUGAUUGGUUAGAAUUGAAGCAAUUGCCUGAGAAUCAUCAAUUGGAAAUAGUCUUGUCUGCUGAGCCAGCUUCAUUCGGCAGUAUCCGUUUGCGGUGUAUGCUAGAAAAUAUAGCUAACCAGUUGCGCUCCUACGGACUAAACGAAAAGGAUAUAAAUGAUGUACGUGGCAUAUUUCUGGACACGAAUUUCUAUCUUCUGAUAACCACAAUAUUUGUUUCAGUUUUUCAUCUGUUAUUCAACUUCUUGGCUUUCAAAAAUGAUAUUUCAUUUUGGCGACAUGCAGAUAACACAGUCGGUCUGUCGAUGCGAACAGUUGUAUGGAGGUUUUUCAGCUCCCUAAUUAUUUUUCUACACUUAUGGGAGGAGAAAAGCAGUCUGCUGGUCUCUGUUCCAAUGGGAAUAUCUACAAUUAUUGAAUUGUGGAAAUUAGCACGUAUGACAAAGUUGUCGAUUAGUUUUCGUAAAGGUAUCCACUGGGGUGAACGUUCUAAAGCUGAAAAAGCCACUGAUCAACUGGAUGCAGAGUUUAUGCGUUGGCUAAUGUAUAUCAUGAUUCCGCUUUGUGUUGGUGGUUCAAUCUACUCCUUAAUCUAUUUACCACAUCGCAGCUGGUACUCUUGGUGUUUAGAAACCAUGGUUAAUGGUGUAUAUGCUUUUGGUUUAUUGUUGAUGACACCACAACUCUUCCUGAAUUAUCGUUUAAAGUCUGUAGCACAUUUACCAUGGAAGGCGAUGACUUACAAAGCAUUCAAUACAUUUAUCGACGAUUUCUUCGCAUUUAUUAUUGUCAUGCCGACGUCUCAUCGGAUCGCUUGUUUACGUGAUGAUUUGAUAUUUCUAAUCUACCUAUAUCAACGAUGGUUAUAUCCUGUAGACAGAUCACGUGUAAAUGAAUUUGGUCAAGCAGGUGAUGAUGGAGAUGGUCUUUCUACUACCGUCAGUCCUGUUAAGGCUAAGAAAACGCAGUAGUAGGCAACCUAUGGCGAUUGAGAGGGGAGCUGGGGAAGGCGUAGACAUUACCACCAACAUAUGAUCGAUCGAUUGCAAGGUUUCUUUUUUUGCUGCUGUUAAUUGUAUAAAUUAUUGUUUGUUAAAAAUAAACCAAAAUAAAAUGUAUAUAAAAGGUGUAAUGAUAUUUAAAAAAAAUCAAUAAUUCCAGAGUUUCAUUCCAUGAACUAGUCUGAACUCAACUUCUCUUGUUCAAGGCCGUUGUCUUUUGUUUUUGUUUUUUUUAAUUUCGAUUAUUUUGUUUCAGUUUCUUCUUGUUAUUUCUUAUUCUUUCGUUUAAACUUUCUUUGUCACUUGUCACUUGUAAAAUUCUAUAAUACAUUGUGAUUUUUAAGGUUGAUGAUUCUUGAUCGUUUAUGUAUAAUUUUAAUUCUAAUAAUAACAAUAAUAAUGUAUUUUCUAAAUCAG